CCGCGCCGCGCACCGCGGCCGCAACGGAACCGCCGAACCCGGCGCAGGGCCGCGGAGCAGCCCGGCCGUUGGGGGCUCGUCUCCGGAGCUCCGGGCGAAGGGACGGCGCUCCUGGGCGACUGCACCGCGCUACGGGCACGGAACGCUCUGCUGAGAAAGGGGGGGAACUGGAGCCCUGCUUAGGGCACGCCUCUGACAGACUGGAAGAGCCAAAACCAAAACGUAACAACCGCAUCGCCUUAUUCUUACACGUAUUUUCUUAUCACCCUUCUGCUUCUGUCACACAUUAAGGCAUGUAUGCUCAAAAGCAGAUAUUAAUGAUGCAGAAAUUAAUGCCAAGUCAAGCUUUGUUACUACAUCUCAACACGAGUUCAUUUCUCCCUGCCCCCAGCUGACUACAGAAGGUCAGAAGCAAGCAGUGCGCAGCUCCCUGCUGCACCCACGUAUUUCACCACAUGCCUUGCACAACGCUCUGACCACAAACAUGAACAAAUGUGAGAUGUUCUGCCCCGGUAUGUGAAAGGCUGAGGGAAACCUGCUUCUUUAGCAGGGCAAGAUGACUUCUGCUGAGAAAGUGCCUCAGACUCCAAUCACCAAAAAAAACCAAACAUCUCCUCAUCCUCCUCCCUGCACAAACCCCUGGAAUCCCACGUUCUCCUGCAUGCUGGAGUCCAGCAUGCUCCUGACCAGCAGUUCUUUGGCAAAGCCUCAAGUUUUGCUUUUUAAAACAGCCUCACACAAAUACAGCCCUACAAUACCUACUGCACAGAUGCUGCCCCUUAUGUAUCAUCCCCUGGAUCAAACAUUUCCAGAACACUUACUCACUUGUGUCACUCAAGGUUGUUAUUUAAAUACUGCCCUUGACAGAAGUAGGGUUUAUGACUACCCCAAUUUGCAGCAUACUUUGUAACAAAUGAGUCUGUUCUCUCACAGACCAGACACUUUGCUUUAAGAACUCUGACUUUGUUGUUUCAGUUGUUCUGGAAAUAACAGCCAAUAUUUCAGUUGCUUUAUUUUACUGCUGUGAGUAAAACAUACCCAAAAAGACGUAGCACAUCGAUGACACGCUUCUCUGAAUCAUACAUAAACUGCAAAAAUAAAACUUCUGAAACCUAUCAUAUGUGUAACUAUAAGAAGAGUCAAGUGCAGGAGUUGUUUCCUGGAAUGGUUAUGUUUAAAUUAUUUUCUGAUUUUAAAACUCCAGCCCGACUGCUACAACCCAGGACAUUAAGUAUCAGCCUACCAAACCUGACUUUGAUGUGGUAUACACACCACAAGCUCAGGUGUUGAAAUCAGUUUAACUCCAUUUGCUCCCCAAAUAGCCAA